GGUUUCAGAACUUUAGAAACCUCUUACUCGAGCACAAACUGUCAGUCCUCCACAAAGACUUCACAUUGACAUUAUAACAUACAGCGGGGUUGUAAUAACGCACAGCAGUGAAAUGGCUUGUGCUCCGCGCUAUCAAAACAAAGUUGUCAUCGUUACCGGGGGCACCAGAGGCAUCGGAAGAGGCAUCGUCAAAACGUUUGUGCAAAACGGGUCCAAAGUUGUGUUCUGCGCGCCACAGACUGAAAUGUCAGCUGGUCAGUCUCUCGAGUCCGUGCUGAAUAAGGAAGGACCCGGAUCAUGCAAGUUUGUGUCAUGUGACAUGAGAGAAGAAGAGGACAUCAAGCAACUAAUCAAUGUGACGGUUGAGAGCUUUGGACAAAUAGACUGCUUGGUGAACAAUGUUGGCUGGCAUCCUCCCCACAAGACCACAGAUGAAACCAGUGGAGAGGAGUUUAAAGACCUGCUUAAUCUCAACCUUAUUAGCUUCUUCCUUGCUUCCAAAUAUGCGCUGCCGUAUCUCCGCAAGACACAAGGAAACAUUAUCAAUUUGUCCAGCCUUGUGGCUUCAAUAGGCCAAAAAGAUGCAGCUCCUUAUGUAGCAACCAAGGGGGCGAUCACCGCCAUGACUAAAGCAAUGGCUGUAGAUGAGAGCCGCUAUCAAGUGAGGGUGAACUGCAUUUCUCCCAGUAAUAUUAUGACACCGCUAUGGGAAGAGCUUGCUGCAAACACAGAAGACACUGCUGCUACUAUUAAGGGUGGAGAAGAUGCUCAGCUGAUUGGUCGAAUGGGAACAGAGGCUGAGAGUGGAUUGGCCGCCCUCUUCUUGGCAGCUGACGCCACUUUCUGUACUGGGAUAGAUUUGUUUCUGAGCGGAGGAGCCGAACUCAAUUAUGGCUUUAAAAGCCAAAUUCCAUCAUUGAAAAAAUGACGGAAAGAUCCAUUAGAUGAUGAUAUAGAUUCAUUCCAGCUCUCAGGGAGUAUGUUUAAUUCACUGAAAAAAAAAUGUCUGCAAAAAUGUUGCAAACUAUGUGUUGAGUUUGUAAUGUUCAACUUUGAAAAAAAUUUGUUUGUUUAUAUUCAACCCAAAUCAGUUGUUUUCAAUUACCUAACUUAAAAGAAUUAGUAAAUCUGAGGAAUCAUCUUUGAAUAUUUUUUUUCAGUAUUCUUAUGUGUUGUUUCUACAGGCACAUAAAAAAUCUUUCUCGUUAUAUUUAUUGUACUUGGUCUGUACAGGUUGUAAUUGUGUGAUUCUUUUUUUGCUACAAUCUUGCAUCAUUUCACUCAUUGUGCCAAUGAUUUGCACAGCUUUCAGUCAAACAAUAACAAUUUAUUAAUGUUAGAAUUUAAAAAUGCCACACUUUCAUGCUGCCUCAAGAUAAAGUACACUACCGGUCAAAAGGUUUGGGGUCAGUAGGAUUUUUAAAUGUUUUAAAAUUAGCUUCUCCUGCUUACCAAGGCUCCAUUUAUUCAUCAAAAAUACAGACCAAAUUGUGGAAUGUUAUUGCACUAUAAAAUAACUGUUCAAAAGUAGUUUAUCAUUUAAUUUAAUCAUUUAUUCCAGUGAUUUUAAAGAUGAAUUUUCAGCUUCAUUACUCCAGUCUUCAGAGUCACUUGAUCCUUCAGAAAUCACUCUAAUAUUCAUUAAUAAUAUUAAUAUUAAGGUUAAUCGCAAUAUUGUCUGGAAUAUGUUUUACAUUUAAUAAAUGUCGCCUUGAUGAACAGAAUUAUUCUCUUUAAAAAAAAAAAAACAUGAAAAAAAACUGACCUUAAACUUUUGACCAGUAGUGUACAUGGUGCAAUAAUUGUAUUUAAAGCCAAUAUGUGUUUCUUUCCCUGAUAUUCAUAGUUUACGUGUGAUAAUCUCAAUACUGAACUUCUAUGCAAAUAUAGUAGUUAAAUAUAACAUGAAAGGGACCUUCAAAUUAAUGUUUUACUAAACUACUGUGAAUUACACUAUAAUAAAUGUGACUUGUAUGACUUUUAUAAACAUUUCUAGACUGGUUUGUUAUACAUUAAUCAGAAUAGAUCUGUGUUGUGAUUUUUGAUUUAACAAAGUCUGGCCUUGACAAUCUGAGAUUUGUUUCAUGCACUGUAUUUCUAAUUAGUUUGUAUGAAUUAAAACAUUUUGAUUC